CUGACAGUAAUUAGCUGUGCAGUUUGAACCCAGUCAGGCUGGAAAUCCCAUGGUGAUCAAACAGAGAAGAGGUGAAUGCCUGCAGAAGUGGUGAGCCAUUCAUGCAGACUGCGCGAGCAUUAGUUCAGCACUGGCUUCAGCGAACAGCGCACUACUGUAGGUAGUGCUGAAUAAUUCUAGCCCCGUGGUAAACAUCUAGUGGUCUUGUAGUAUUAUUAUUAUUUUUAUUUUUUUUUUGCGGGCUCGCAUUUUAGGCUUUGUAAAUCACAAGUUUGACCAGUCGGGAAAGACAAGUCUUAGGCUUUCAAUAAGGAGUGAUCUGGAUGGUUUCAAGACUAUUUGCAUCAGCUACGAGGGGGGCCGUUUGUGCUGAAGCGUGCUUUGGGCUGACCAGCUGCACUGAGCGCCGUGAAUCGGUGUCUAACAAGGGGAUCGAGUGGUGUGGUGCUGCCCGAGAGCCCCUCCAUUCAGAAGGAUGCUGGUGGGAAAUGCCUGGAGACAGAGAGGACGAGAUUUGUCAAAAGGCGCUGCAGCUCUUAUCGGAUCUCUGUUCUAAAGGGGAGGUGCAAAACGACAGCUGCCAGGAUUUCAUAAAUUAUAUCCGUUAUCGCUCCAUACCCCGAUAUCCAGAUUCAGAUGUGUCAGUGAGCUUGCUCUCUCUGGUUGUGACGGCCUGUGGACUAGCUCUCUUUGGUGUGUCUCUUUUUGUCUCUUGGAAGCUGUGUUGGAUCCCAUGGCGUGAACGUGGUAUUUCCUCUGCAAACAAAGAGAGUCAGCCCGAGCAGCCCACGUACACCGAUGUGGAGGUCAACGACAAUGAAUACGGACAGGAUUAUGUGAAGGAAGCCACUGCCAUCCCAGAGUCUGCCAUGAAGAUCAGCCACACCUCUCCUGACAUCCCGCUUGAAGCCCAGUCAGCGGUGAAAGAGAACUGCAUCCACAAUGUGCGAAUGCAGAGGCAGAUUACUGAACCAACAUCUUCUGUUAGGCAUAACUCAAUACGGAGGCAACUGAAUCUCUCCAACCCGGAUUUCAGUAUCCAGCAAUUUCAAAAGCAGGAUUCCCUCACCGGGCUUGGGCGGAUUAAACCUGAGCUUUAUAAACAAAGAUCCGUGGAUACAGAUGACGGAAAGAGAAAUAAUAGCAAAUCCUGUGGAAAGCUCAAUUUCAUUCUUAAAUUUGACUGUGACUUGGAACAGCUGAUUGUUAAAAUCCACAAAGCAGUCGAUCUGCCAGCCAAAGACUUCUCCGGCACAUCAGACCCCUAUGUGAAGAUCUACUUACUACCUGAUCGCAAAACCAAACACCAGACUAAAGUGCACAGGAAAACUCUGAACCCUGUGUUUGAUGAGGUGUUCCUAUUCCCUGUGGCCUACAAUGAGCUAUCCUCUCGAAAGCUGCACUUCAGUGUGUACGACUUUGAUAGAUUCUCCAGGCACGACAUUAUAGGACAAGUAGUAGUGGACAACUUUCUAGAUUUGGUGGAUUUUCCAAGAGAAACAAAUCUCUGGAGGGACAUUCAAUAUGUCACCACAGAUAAUGUGGAUCUUGGAGACCUUAUGUUUUCUCUGUGUUAUCUUCCAACUGCUGGCAGAUUGACUAUUACUAUGAUAAAAGCUAGGAACCUGAAGGCCAUGGACAUCACUGGUGCAUCGGACCCCUAUGUCAAGGUUUCUUUAAUGUGUGAAGGAAGGAGAUUAAAGAAAAGGAAAACAUCUACAAAAAGAAACACAUUAAACCCAAUUUACAAUGAAGCCAUAGUCUUUGAUGUUCCUCCUGAAAAUAUUGACCAAAUUAGCCUUUUAAUAGCUGUCAUGGACUAUGACCGUGUAGGUCACAAUGAGGUAAUUGGCAUAUGUCGAGUAGGCAACAGUGCUGAGAGCCUUGGACGGGACCACUGGAAUGAGAUGUUGACGUAUCCUAGAAAACCUAUAGCUCACUGGCACCCACUGACUGAGUGGGUUGGACAAGCAUCUACAGGUGGAAGCCAAGGGGGAUCCUGCAAUUCUCUUAAAGCCUCUCCCUUGCCAUGAAGGAGCGGGCGAGUCAUGGUCUGGGGUGAUACAGCAGACAAAAAGGGAAAAGCAAACAAGAUCCGAGAUGCAGAGAAGCUGCUGCAUGGGAUAUGGUUUUUUGUGGUAGUCUUUCAAUUGAAGUGUGUACACCGAGACAACUUGAACCUAAAUCUCUCUGUUUGUUUCCCUCGCAUGGGGACCUUUUCUUCUGUUGCAUGCUGAGUGGCCAUGAUUUUUGUUUUUAUACUCUUAUAAAAACGAUAUGUGUUACAUUUAAAAGGCAUUACAGUUGAAUGUGUUUUCUAAAUAGUCCUAGUAUAUGUUUUUAAAACAACAGUCUAUAUCACACAUAAUAUCAUCUGUAUGGGUUUCUUUUAAUAUAGUGCAUGGUUUCUUACUGUGGGAUAUUAACUGUUUCUGUUAAUGUUUUGAGAGAAUAAAAAUGUAAAACUACUACCAAAAUAUAAACGAGGGAAACGUA